CAUGUGAAGCACCCGUACCCCAAAACACCUCUUUCUCGCAUUCCUCGCCAAAACUCUUCCCCAACAAAGCUGCAAGCACCCUAAAACCUCCUCGCCACCUUCUCUUCUUCUUCUCUGUCAUGGCCUCUUUCCUCUCCCUUCUCUUUCUCUUCUCUUUCUGCUUCUCGUCAUUCACCUCUCUCUCGUUCUCCUCAGAUGCUCUCCUUCUCCUCCAAAAGAUAAAGCCUGCGCUUCAGGGCCCCAUUCCGCCGGAAAACAUCCAGCUUUCUUCGUGGAACUCAUCUUCCCUUCUCUGUCUCUGGCGUGGCCUCUUAUGGUCCCACGCCGACGGCUCUCCGCUUCGUUGCGACCUCCCAGCCGUUCGCUCCAACCUGUCUCUCCUCUCUGACUCCUCUCUCCAGCUCACCUCCCUCCACCUACCCGCCGCGGCCCUCGCCGGCUCUCUCCCUCGCGAGCUUGGAGAAUUUUCGUCUCUCCGUUCCCUCAACCUUGCAGUUAACUCCCUCUCUGGUUCUGUUCCUCUCGAGCUCGGCAACUCUCCUUCCCUCUCCGACCUCGAUCUUUCCGGCAACAACCUUACUGGUUCUCUCCCACCUUCUUUAUGGAACCUAUGUGACCGCCUUGUCUCCGUCCGCGUCCACGGAAAUUCUCUCUCGGGCGUUAUUCCACCUCCGGCUACCCCCAAUUCGUCGUGUGAGAAUCUCACAGUGCUUGAUUUCGGAGUUAAUCGGCUUACGGGAGAGUUUCCCUCGUUCUUCGCUGGAUUCCAAAGUCUCAUUGAGCUUGACCUCAGCAGCAACCGCUUCUUCGGCGAGCUUCCUGAGUCUAUCUCCGGCCUCUUCCAUCUCCAAAGAUUGAAUCUUUCAUUUAAUAAGUUCUCUGGGAGGGUACCGGAGAGCUUGAGGAGUAAGUUCGCCACCACAGCUUUUGAAGGGAACGCAGCAAGUUUCUGCGCCAAUUGCUCGCCGGAUUCCGGAGGACUUAGCGCCGGUGCUAAAGCCGGCAUCGUCAUCGGCUCCAUGGCCGGAGCCGUUAUUAUCGCCUCCGCAACCAUUGGGUGGGUGCAGGGGAGGAAACGCCGGAACAGAUCGAGGGGAGCAGAGGAGGAUGAGAUUGCAAUGGAAGAAAAUGGGAACAACAAUGGCGAUGGAAAGCUGGUAGUUUUCGAGGGAGGCGAGCAUCUAACUCUUGAGGACGUUCUCAACGCCACCGGCCAAGUCGUCGAGAAGACGAGCUACGGCACCGUCUACAAAGCCAAGCUCGCUAAUGGCGGCAACAUUGCUCUGCGUCUACUCAGGGAAGGAACCUGCAAGGAUUUGGCUUCUUCCUCCCCUGUAAUACGUCAGCUAGGCCGUGCCCGCCAUGAGAAUCUCGUUCCGUUAAGAGCUUUCUACCAUGGCAAGAGAGGAGAGAAGCUCUUGAUAUAUGACUACCUCCCAAACAGAACUCUUCACGACCUUCUCCAUGAAACCAGACCAGGAAGGCCUGCAUUGAACUGGGCAAGGCGGCACAAGAUAAUCCUUGGCGUCGCAAGGGGACUUGCUUACCUCCAUGGAGGCACUGAAACUCCCAUCACUCACGGCACCGUUAGAUCGAAGAAUGUCCUCGUCGAUGAUUUCUUUGUGUCGAGGCUGACCGAAUACGGCCUUGAUAAGAUCAUGAUCCCUUCCAUCGCCGACGAGAUGGUGGCUGCCGCGAAAGCGGAAGGCUACAAGGCGCCAGAAUUGCAGAAGAUGAAGAAAAGCAAUUCGCGAACCGACGUCUAUGCGUUCGGUAUUCUUUUGCUCGAAAUUUUGAUAGGGAAGAAGCCGGGGAAGGGGGUUCGACCCGGUGAGUGGGUGGAUUUGCCAGCAUUGGUGAAGGUGGCGGUGCUCGAGGAAACAACAAUGGAGGUUUUUGAUAUGGAGGUGCUUAAGGGUAUAAGAAAUCCAUCUGAAGAAGGGCUGGUGCAAGCUCUAAGGCUGGCGAUGGGCUGUUGUGCGCCGGUAGCAUCAGCACGACCGGACAUGAAUGAGGUCCUCAGGAUCUUGGAGGAGAAUAGGCCAAGGAACCGCUCGGCGCUCUAUAGCCCGGCCGAUACCACCAGUGAGAUCGGUACACCAUUUUGAGUAGCUUGUGAGAGCUUCCAUUGCACUUUAGCAGAAGUUUCAGAGGGAAAAGGUGACGAUUUGAAUUCAAUUAUUUUUCCAUCUUUUUCAUGACAAUCAUGGAGCAGUUAGUUUAUCUCUAUCAUCAUAUAAAAAUUAUAACUUCAGCCUAAAAAGAUAAUCUUUUUAGCUGAAUGUAGCUUAAUUUGAAAUAUAGGAGUAAAAAAACAGUCCAGUUUAACUGUUUGUUUGGGGAUUUGUUAGCUGUUGCUAGUCUUAGAACAAUUGUAGCCAUUAUGCAUGAACCCUAACUCUCUAAGGUUUAUCAAAUGAGACUUGCAAUAUUCUAAGGACAAGUUUACACUUCUUUUCUAUUCAA